CUUGGAAAGAGAGAUAGAUGGCUUUUAAUAAUGGAGUUUUUUACUUUUUUAAGGUUUUUAUCACUUCGUCUGAUAUCCACACAAUAAUACCCCCCAAAAAUCUUCUCCUCAGCCUUGACCGGCCAUUAAAUACUUGGGUCUCUCCCCCUCUGGUUUGUGCACACUACCUGUUUGAUUAUUUGCCCAAGAGACAGAAAGGGGAAAAAAGGAGAGGGAUUGAGGGGGAUUGAGGGGUCUGUGGGUGGUGGAGAGAUCCGAUGGUCCUUUGAUGAAGAGGACGACGUCGUUCUGAGGUGAGAAGCAACGACCCCACCUUCACCACGUUCAUUAUUAUCAUCCUCAAUUCCAUCUCUUUUAUCUCUUCUUCUUCGUUGCCACCAUCAUCUCCGCCACUAAUCCAAGAUCUACUUGUCCUUGUCUCUUGUGUCAUUUCUAUAUUUUCCUUCUCAAUCCUAAGGUUUGGGUGCACCUAAUUGUGCUUGUAUUCCAACAACCCCGAUCUGUUUUUCCACCCAUAUUCUUUUAGUUUAAAUCUUAUUUAAGAAACAGAAUCAGGGAUUUUGGAGAUAUGGGCCAUUGCAUCUAGACUUAUCUUUAUCAUUAUCCUUAAUUUUUUUUUCUCUUGGGAGGACUCCAGGUGUCAGAAAACCACCAUAGAUUUGAGAUUACCCCACCCAAUCGACAAGCUUCAAUCGUGGGUUCAUCCAAUAGAACCUAUUUUACUCACUUCCUCUGAUUUUUAUUUGAGUGACAGCUGUUUGGGCGUCUGUACGUUUGAAUGCUUUAAAGGAAGGAGGAUUAAGAAGGAAGCUGAAGAAGCUGUCCUAACUUUCUUUGGGGUUCCUGGAUUGAUGAAGUGAAGUCAAGUUUCCCACCAAAGUUUGUCUUUUGAGGUGGCUUAAGGCGCCAUCUAGUUUGCUUUGUUAGACUUUGACAAGGAGGCCCACCCUUGUGGUUGGUGGGCUUCUUUGAACCAAUUAAAACCCACAUUUGAAAGGUGCCUCAGGUUCCCCUUAUUAUAUUUGCUUUUUCCUCCUUUCUUAAUGAUCUAGGACCAAGAACAAGUAAAAGGGGUUUCCUUUCAGUAUUAUUCCCCUUAUUAACCAUUGUAUUUCCUCAAUUGGGUCUUCCAUUGAUCUUUUCCCCUGUUUUUUAUAGGCUAAAUCCAUUUUUUUAUCCGUAAGAAAACGCCCCUUUUCUAAUGCUUCUUUGUUUCUUCAUCGCUUGCAUCUCCUUCAUUCUCUUUUUAAAGUCCCUGCCUCUCAAACCGCUCCCAUUAUGGGCAGAUGAGAUGAGGUUCUUGUCCCACUGGUUGUGGAAAGAAUUAUCAUUUCUUCUCAUCUGCAAGGUGAUCAAGAAUAGCCUUUGUACUUUUCUGUUUAGUAUUCCAUCGAAGAUGUCCUUGAAGAAGAGAUAUCUUCCAAAAGUAGAGAAUGUUGAGGAAAACGGUGAGAUGUCGGUGUUGGAUUUGCCAGAAUUGGCCUUGGAAUGCAUUCUGGAGAGACUUCCACCCGAUGCUCUAUGUAGUAUGGCGGGCGUCUGUAGUUCAUUGAGAGAGAGAUGCAUAAGUGACCAUCUUUGGGAGAAGCACAUGAAGAGGAAAUGGGGUAAAGUUAUUGGUCAAGCUGCUUACAGGGAGUGGCAAUGGCAUCUUGCUUCUAGAGCGGGUUUGAAUAAUCUUAAGCAAAGCAAGCAGAAGAGCCUGCUUAGACUUUUAUCUUUUGGUUGGUCUCUUUCAUGGAUUAGAUCAAAGGCUAACGACAAUAACUCGCCACGAAACUCUCUACCAGUUGAUUCGAUCAUGGCUUGGUAUCUUGCUCUUGAGACGGGCAAUUUCUGGUUCCCUGCUCAGGUCUACAACCGCGAGAAUGGCCAUGUUGGGUUUAUGCUGUCCUGUUACGAUGCGGAGCUUUGCUAUGAUCCCCGUACGGACACCUUCCAAGCAAGGUACCCUCCACAUGGUAGGCGAGCAAUUGCAACCGAGAACGGGGUGCAAUGGGAGAGGCUUAGAGCACCGCCUGUUGAUACUCCUCCUCACGAUCUUCAUAUCUCUGACUCUUUGAACGAAUUAUGCCCUGGUGACCACAUUGAGAUUCAGUGGAGAAAGAACAAAGAAUUCCCUUAUGGUUGGUGGUAUGGAGUUGUAGGUCACUUGGAAACAUGUGAUGGGAAUGCUAAUCACUGCAGAUGUCAUUAUAGUGACACUGUGGUGUUGGAAUUCAAUCAGUACACCCCUGGUUCAAGAUGGAGACUUGCAACUGUCGACCGAAAAGAUCAUCGAGAGGAAGGCAAUGAGGUUGACGGGUUCUAUGGCGGAAUCAGAAAGCUUUGCUCGGACGAAGAAACCUCGAUGUGGAAGCGACUUUGGCCUUCCGAUAUCUUGGAAUAGGAAUAUCGUCACUUUAAUGCGAUUUGUGGUCCUUGUAAAAUUGCCUCCCACUGAUUCCCCAAAUUGAUGUUGCACAAAGAACCCAUGGUAUAUUAUAAUACAAAGCUUAGUAGUUGAGAGUCUGUGUCUUCCUUUUUGUUCUUGUCGUGGGAGAAAAUUGGAAAAAUUGUAGCUUUCACAGCCA